CUUUGUUAGUUUGGCCUGGUUGUUUCCCGAUGCCUGAUGGGAACGCGCGUUGUUCAAAUUCGUUUCCGGUUUUAGUUGCGCUGUUUUUUUUCUUUUCGUCAGUCAUGGAGACGCGAGUCAGCCUGACUAACGUUACGACGCCCAGAAAUCAGACUGCGCCGCACAGAAGAAACAAGAGUUAUGGAUUUUCACGCCGAAGUCUUGGCGUUGAAUUAACAUCUAAUUUAGGGUGCACAUCGAGUCAGUUUACUGCUGUACGAAUACCGACCAACCGAAGGAUCCCCAGACCGCGCAACCUUACAGAACAAGUUGACCCUGAACACAUCGGUCUCAUUGUGAAAAAAGAAUGGACGCUUUCCUACGUUACACCCUUAUAUCAGUUCAGACAUACUCAGCUUCAGUCUUACUCAAAACAAUUAGCGGCGUUCAUAGUGACUGAAAAACAACAGGGCGUUGCUGUGGAAGUUGGUCAAGAACUUGGUUUCAAAGUAGUUUUUACCGCGGUCCUUGGACUGGCAGAAACUGAAGAUGAUGCCGUGACCGUUUUAAUACAGAUCCAGUCAAAGCCUGCUUUUGCUGCACAAGGGGAAGCCGCCAAGGUGGUGUGGAGUGGGUGGCUGAGCUGUGUCAGUGGUGAUGUGGAGUACUUAAGGUCCCUGCCCCCUGACUUCACCUGCCUGCCUCUGUUUGGUGCCAGUGGGGCCGAGUCUCUCACUGCCUUGGUCAAGUCCUGGUUUGAGAGGACAUUUGACUGCUACUUUGGCCCUUUGGGCAUCAACUCCACUAACCUUGAGUGGUUAGCUGCCCUAUGGAUUGGGUGCCACCCUGACAUUAACAUCCGCUACCUGAAGUUAGCAUGGAGAGUCCCUGCUCAACCACCUCUGGAUGUCUCUUACACCGUCCACCCACAGGACACCUGGGAACUGUGGAACAGCAUUCGGCAAGAGAGCAACCUGAGGGACACAGUGGACAUUGAGGAGGUCAGCCGUUUCUUCAGAGGGCUGGAAUCCCAUUUUUUCCGCCAUUUCAGGAUCUACCUGUCAGCUGGGACCUUAACUGAGGUGUCUACCUCUCUAGGGUCUGCUCAUCUGGAUGGAAAGAUCAAGAUUACAAGCAGUGACAUGAUGACCUCUGUCCUCGCCCUGCUGACUGAAUGUGCGCUCCUCAGAAUGCCCAUCUGACCAUGGAAAUCUUUCUCAGCGUUUGUAAAUAGCCUUUUCAUGUAUAAAAUGUAUUUUUUAUGUCAAUAUACUAAUUACCGUUUGCAAUAGGGGGGGUCAUGCUUUUAACAGUGAUGUACUAUAAUCGGCAACUGGGAGACGAGGCUACAUGCUACAGUUGGUUAUUAAAGUUAAUGUUUGUUAGAAGUUUCAUUUAUUGUGUGUGACCAUUUUUAACAACUUUUUUAAACAUCCAUUAAUGAGAACUGUCAUACUGCAACCUGUCCCUGGUGAUCUCUGUUCCUGUUGCCCAACCCUGUUCCCGGAGACCUGCCUACCUGCUGUAGGUUUUCAUUCCAACCUUAACAUGCCUGAAUCUAGCUAAACAAGAUCUCUAGCUUUUGAAUUAAGUGUGCUUUGCUAAGGUUAGUGAAAGCCUACAGGAUUUCUAGGAACAGGGUUAGGCCAGCCCUGCUCUUGGUCAUGGAUGAUGGAAUUUGACACUUCCCAACAGCCCCAGCUUGGUUCCAGUAUAUCAAACUAAUGAAAAUAGUUGGUUGUAUUAAAUCCAAAAUGGCA